AUGUCAGAUCCUUAUGUUUGGCCUAAUGGAUGGCAAUUUGUGGAGCAAUAUGUCAACAUACAACAACAGGAACUAGAAGAGAUAGCCAUGGUGCAGCAGGUUGUUGAAGAAUUGGAAAAGCUCGAGCCUCCAAGAGUAUGUCAACGUACAUUCAUUAGGCGGGAUCGUGCAAAAGCACACAACGAUCUUGUUAUGAAGUAUUUUGCACCAGAUUGUAUCUUCCCACCACGCAUGUUUCAUCGCAGGUUUCGAAUGAGGAGAGAGUUGCUUCAUAAUAUCAUAAUUGACUUAGAAGAGAGUCAACCUUAUUUCAGAUUGAAAUAUGAUUGUGUGGGGAGGCCUGGUUUCUCAUCAAUACAGAAGAUGACAGCUGCAUUACGAGUUCUUGCUUAUGGCAGUCCUAUCGAUCGGGAGGAUGAUGCUCUUAUGAUUGCACAAAUUACUGCGAUAGAUACAUACUUACAAGCACCUAAUGAAGCGGACCUCGCCCGGCUAUUAGCUGAAAAUGAGGCUCGUGGUUUUCCCGAUAUGAUCGGUUCUCUAGAUUGCAUGCAUUGGGAGUGGCAUAAUUGUCCAACUGCUUGGCAUGGUCAGUUCGUCGGCCACACGGGAAGGCUGACAUUGAUUCUUGAGGCUGUUGCGUCUAUGAACCUGUGGAUUUGGCAUGCAUUCUUUGGUAUGGCGGGGACAUACAAUGACAUCUCUGUGCUCGACCACUCACCACUAUUUGAUAGGUUCAUUCAAUGUCAAACCCCACAAACUCCUUACAAGGCAAUCAAGCAUCCUCGAACAGAAAAAGAGAAACAUUUUGCAAGGAAACAGGAGGCCGCACGAAAGGAUGUCGAGAGAGCUUUUGGGGUUUUGCAAGCCAAAUGGGCAAUAACACAAGGUCCAGUGAGAUUUUGGGAUACAGAAACCAUAAAGAACAUUAUGCAAUGCUACAUCAUAUUGCAUAAUAUGAUAAUAGAGGAUGAGCGACACCUUGGAAUAGAACCGUGGCAACCACUUGGUAGGGACAGUAUUCCAGAUAAUUUGCUUCACCAUAAUGAGGAAUGGUUGGGAACUUACAUCCAUUCACGUAUGCAACAGGUUAGGGAUAAGUCAAUUAACGGUAUGCUAAGGCGUGACUUAAUGGACCAUUUGUGGACGAAUUUCGGGGGAGAGAGUAGCCAUUCGUAG